CUCUGAGCUCGAGCGCCUCUCUCUUCCCCUCUCUCGGAAGCGCGCGCGAGGCGACGGCCACCGAAGCGCGAGGCGGUUCCCCCCCUCUUCCCGUCACUCCAGUCAACAUGGCCACACUUGUAACCUCGACCAGAUUCACCGACGAGUAUCAGCUGUACGAGGAACUCGGAAAGGGCGCCUUCUCCGUUGUACGCCGAUGCGUAAAGAAGUCCACGGGCCAGGAGUAUGCUGCCAAAAUCAUCAACACAAAAAAGCUGACGAACAGAGAUCACCAGAAACUGGAGCGGGAGGCGAGGAUUUGUCGCAUGCUUAAACAUCCAAAUAUAGUGCGACUGCAUGACAGCAUUGCAGAGGAAGGCUUCCAUUACCUGGUCUUUGACCUAGUCACAGGAGGAGAGCUGUUUGAGGAUAUUGUUGCUAGAGAGUACUACAGCGAGGCAGAUGCCAGCCACUGCAUCAAUCAGAUCCUGGAGAGCAUCAGUCACAUCCACCAGCAUGAUAUUGUCCACAGAGACCUUAAGCCAGAGAACCUUCUCCUCGCCAGUAAGAUGAAGGGAGCAGCUGUGAAGCUGGCAGAUUUCGGUUUAGCCAUAGAGGUGCAGGGAGACCAACAGGCAUGGUUUGGUUUUGCUGGAACUCCAGGAUAUUUGUCUCCAGAGGUGCUGAGAAAGGACCCAUAUGGCAAGCCAGUGGACAUUUGGGCAUGUGGUGUGAUCCUCUACAUUUUGUUGGUGGGAUAUCCUCCCUUUUGGGACGAGGACCAACACAAACUGUACCAACAAAUCAAAGCCGGUGCAUAUGACUUUCCUUCUCCAGAGUGGGACACAGUGACCCCUGAAGCCAAGAAUCUGAUCAAUCAGAUGUUAACCAUUAACCCUGCCAAACGGAUCACAGCUGAUCAGGCCCUCAAGCAUCCCUGGGUCUGCCAACGCUCCACUGUGGCCUCCAUGAUGCACCGACAAGAGACCGUCGAAUGUCUGCGCAAGUUCAACGCCAGGAGGAAACUUAAAGGCGCUAUCCUCACAACGAUGCUGGUGUCCAGAAACUUCUCAGUGGGACGGCAGCACACCAGCCCUGCCGCUACCACCAGCACGGCCGCAAUGGCACAGGAAGCGUGUAAAACCUUACUAAACAAAAAGUCGGACGGUGUGAAGGGAAACAACAGUAAAAACAGUGUAGUAAGCAGCAGCAGCACCAAAGACAGCAGCAUGUCAUCUUCAGCACCAAUGGAAGCCCAGACAACAGUUGUACACAACCCAGCAGACGGCACCAAGGGCUCCACAGAGAGCUGCAAUAAUGCAGAAGAGGAGGAGAUGAAAGGUAGGAAAGCUCGUAAACAAGAGAUCGUAAAGAUGACGGAGCAGCUGAUUGAAGCCAUCAACAACGGGGAUUUUGAGGCGUACACGAGAAUCUGUGACCCUGGACUGACUUCUUUUGAGCCAGAGGCCCUCGGAAAUCUGGUGGAGGGCAUGGACUUUCACAAGUUCUACUUUGAGAAUCUUCUGAGUAAAAACAGCAAACCAGUGCACACCACCAUCCUCAACCCGCAUGUCCAUCUGAUUGGCGAGGAGGCCGCCUGCAUCGCCUACAUCCGCCUGACGCAGUACAUCGACGGCCAAGGGCGGCCGCGCUCCUGCCAGUCGGAGGAGACGCGCGUGUGGCAUCGCCGCGACGCCAAGUGGCUCAACGUGCACUUCCACUGUUCAGGCGCUCCAGCUGCACCGCUGCAGUGAACAGACGGCCCAGGCUCAGGUUUGCCUGAACUCUAAAACUAUUAGGAGCAUUUUCUCUCCGUGGUCGGAGCGAAGUCUGGAUCCCUGGCUGGGACGAGGAUGCUAGGACAACACAAAAGUGGGGAAAUAUAUUUCAAUAUUUAGAAAAAAAUUAAUAAAACCUAUUAAAAAAAGUAAAAAAAAAAAAAGCUGGAAUGAAUGACCGACCAACACCAAUCCAGUCCAACCCUUAACUAGCUGAUGUUGGGGUGCAGAUGAUGUCAGCCCCCUCCUGAAGAUGGUGCAUGUUUCUGAUGGUCACACGGGGAUGAUGCUGUCCUGAAUGCCCCCCCAACCCAACCCAACCCAACCCAAAUCUGUCUGAUCUGCCAUGUGGAAAAGUAUUAAUGUUUCAAAGAAUAUAAAUAGAUAUAUAAUUACUGAAAAACAAGUACACUUCACACACAGUGAGAAUGACUCGGGCAGCAAGUGUAUCUAGAAACGUGUCCUCUGAACGUUUGUUAGUAUCGGUUUUUUUUUUGUUGUUGUUGUUUUUGUCGUUAACAGGUUUAUUAUUGUGCUGGUGGGGUUAAUGGGAAUGAGAACAACAAAUAUUACACUUUACCACUAAUUUUACAAGUCAGGUUUGAGUAUCUGCACAGUGUUUAAGGUGUUGCGUUACUGAAGGGACCUGUUUUGUUUUUUGUUUUGGUAAUAUUUUAAUAAAUGCUUUAUGUCCUGUUUGAGAGAUUAUAUUAAAAUAGUUUGUGUUGACAUAAUUUUUAAAUAAAGGGGGCUUUAUUUAAACAGUCUAUAAAUAGAUAUUUAUGCAGAGGAGGGUAAAAAGGGGAAAACUUGUUUUGCUUUCUGGCUUUAAAAAAAGGGGAAUUUCACCUGGAGAGUGAUUGGUUUUGUUGGUUUGUUUUCCCCAUGUGCUGUGAGGUCGAUAGGUGUAAAUACACACAUGCAUGCACACAGACACACACUCACAGUCGCCGUGCUUCACCUUUUGAGGUCGAGUCUCGUGCUUUAGACACAACGAACAGGCCAGCUCAUCCUGAAGUUGCAGAAGGACUUGAUCCUGUAGUGUUUUAGUUUCAAACACAAGUCGGCACUGUUGUGUAAAAAAGUCUGAAGCUCCUCGUGUUUCCAAACUGAGCUGUAAGCAUGAACUCCUUAUCGUCUAUCUGUGUGUUCCAAUGUGUAGCAUGAUUUAAUAAUCUAUAGAAUGGCUUGUACUGUUUUCUUUUCGUGGUCGUUCCUUUGCACACUGAUGACUCGAUGCUGUUGCGUUUGCUCUUCUGAAGGAGUGAACCUUUCUGCAACUUCAGGUUACGCUUUGCCAAAAUUUCCUUUUCUAUCAUUCCUGUCUGGUGUUCUGUCCUUGUCGACCGCAAGCCUCACCAACCCGUCUGUCUUCGACGCCGUAUGGCAUGAAGUCGAGACACGUGUCAGCCAUGCAUCGGCGUCUCCUUCUGAUAAGCGAUCUUUAAAUUUGUAUAUCGUCCAUCUUGGCUUGCUGUAAUUGUGUGUGAAAUCCGGGCAUGGUGAACGAGGAUGCAGCUGAGAGACUAAACAAGGAAACAAAGGUUUAAUGGAUGGGGGGCUACUCUCUCCCCGCUUGAGGGCUAUAAGACUUUUGCUGAUCCUAAUAAGUAGAUUUGGUUAUUAUUAAUUUUUUAAAUCACAUUUUUUUCACGAUGUUGUAGUUUUAAAUGUUUUGAUGUCAAUAUGUUUGCUGUUUGUCACAUAAAUGUAAGGCGAUGAACCAAAUGUUCCGCACACAUUGCUGAAUCUCCUGCUUUGAAGCACACGAGAUCAACGAAUCUCUUUUCAAAAGGACAGAAAGAAAAAAAAAACAUGUCCGUGUCAGUGGUUGAACUUUGCCUCACUGUCGUUUCACUGUUUUUGACUUUGUACCAGCAGGCGAUGCUCGCUGUGUCCCGUUCGCACCAGGCUGCUCCAUUUUUACUGUGUGCGCUGUUGCAGGAACCGCCCCGACACAUCACGCGUGUGUUUCUGACAGACUUUAAAGAAAGCGUUGUGAACCACACCUUGUCUUUCUGCGUGAGCUGCCCGUGCUUCUCUGAGCGACAUAUCCAACCUGCCAUGAAAACUGUGCCCCGCCCCGUUCACCGUUUGCACCACGACAACGCUUUGUAAAAUCUGAAACUGUGUUGUUUGUGCUGGUUGUGAUUAUGCCACCAGUCUGACAAAAUGUGCUUUUAUUUAAUUUUUUUUUUUUGGUUCAGUAAUAUUUAUAUUGUGUGUGUGUGUGAUUGUGUGUGCGUGCGUGCAUUUCCACACCGCCAUGGGCACGUUAAAGGGAUAAAAAGCGAGGCUGUUGCAAUUUUAAUCUGUUGCGGGGUGUACUACAGAGCAAAAUUACCACACGAAUGAUGAAAAGUAAAGUCUGAGUGGUAACUUUAACUUUAAUGCACAAGUUGGUCAGAAUUUUGGAUGAACUCUAUGAAACAAGCACUGCCAUAUCCCAAAUCAUUUCUGAUAUCUUUAAAUAAAAAGAUUUUAACCUUAUUAUAUUAAGUAGCAUGUGUGUGUCUGGAAAUGAAAAUCCUACAUGAAAAACCAGUUUAAUCAGGCUGACUGAAAAUUAAUAUUUGAAUCCUGAAACAAAAAAAAAGUCACAUUUUAUUCGGACCGAACAGAUCCUGAAGAGAAAAACUAUAAAGUUCAUAAAACCUCAUGAGCUCAAACAAGUCUGGCUGUGUUGAACUUGCUUUGUAGUAAAUCUGCCUGAAUUGAUCUGGGGAGGGAAUUUGUCAAAGUAUUUGGGCAGGUAAUAUAUUUACAAUUGUUUUUAAAUAGUAAAGUCAAAGUUUCACAACUGACAUUUUGGUUCUUGAUGAGUUGGUUAUUUUUACAUGUCUUGAUUUUGGGGACCGAAAACGUUGUUUAAUGUUGCACCAGAAUUUAUUUUGUUUCCUUUUUUUUAACAAGGAAAAUGUAUUUAUUUUAGAAUCAUCUGGGUCAAAUAAAGUAACACAUUUCUCUUUUAUUAUAUCUGGUUUUAAAUAAUUUAUUUUAGGUACAGAAGCUGUUCCUCCAUUAAGCGAUUAUUCUCUAAACCAGGUUUUCCACUAUUUGAGAUGUAUUUAAAAAAUGGCCUAAGGUAACAUUAGCACAGUUUUUAUCUCAAAAGGUUAACACUUGAGUUUUCAAAGUCCAGAUCCAGAUAAUAAACAGGGAUCAAAACUUAAUUGUUAUUCUGUGAGUCAAAGUUCAGCGUUAUUUUAGGUGAUGAAUGAAAAGUUGUGCAUCGGGUUGUUCACAGUUACUGAAAUUUGCCGACAAAUCAAGAUUUUAUUGUUCAAAUACUUUGGCAAAUGUCUAACAUGCUUGAUGUAAAACUAAAUGGAAACGAGGAUCAAAUGCUUAAACCUAGAAUAUAAAAAAAGUUACACAAAUCUUACAGCGACACUAUAUAUGCAGUUUUAUAAAUGGAAGAAAUAUGCAUGUCUUUCUGCUCAUUUUUCACUGUUGAUAAUGAAAAUAGAAAUUGCUGUUACUUGCAUCUUCGAGGUUAUGAAAUGGUUGUCUGAGAUGAAAUAAAGUGGUGUUGUGUUAUUCUGCAUUAAAAAUGCAACAAAGGAUUAGCAGAAGCCUCAGCUUGAUUGUGUCCCUCUGAAAGUAAAUGUAUUGCAAUGUAACCUGACAAUAAGAAGGGGCAACAUGUUAAGAUGAAAUGGAUGCUGGGUUUUUGCAUGAUCAUAGUUAAUAAAAACCUUGUAUUGAAAACGG